AUGUCUUACGGUGGUGGAAACUCCCGCGGAGGCGACUCCUAUCGCUCCCGCGGUGGUGACAACGGCUACUCUAACGGCGGUGGCUACUCCAACGGUGGCGGUUACGGCGGCGGCGGUGGUUACGGUGGUGGCCGCGGCGGUGGUUACGGAGGUGGUGGUUAUGGCGGCGGCGGUGGUGGCGGUGACCGCAUGUCCAACUUGGGCGCUGGUCUCAAGACUCAGGACUGGGACCUGAACACUCUGCCCAAGUUCGAGAAGUCCUUCUACAAGGAGCACGCCGAUGUCUCUGCCCGCUCCGAUGCCGAUGUUGAGGCUUUCCGUAAGAAGCACGAGAUGACCGUCCAGGGCCGUGGCAUUCCUCGCCCCGUCGAGACCUUCGAUGAGGCUGGCUUCCCUGCCUACGUUCUCUCCGAGGUCAAGGCCCAGGGCUUCGAGCGCCCCACUGCUAUUCAGUCUCAGGGUUGGCCUAUGGCUCUCUCCGGUCGUGAUGUCGUCGGUAUUGCUGAGACCGGUUCCGGAAAGACUCUGUCUUACUGUCUCCCCGCUAUUGUUCACAUCAACGCCCAGCCUCUCUUGGCCCCCGGUGACGGUCCCAUCGUCCUCAUUCUGGCUCCUACUCGUGAGCUGGCUGUCCAGAUUCAGGCUGAGAUCAGCAAGUUCGGCAAGUCCUCCCGUAUUCGCAACACCUGUGUCUACGGUGGUGUCCCCAAGGGUCCCCAAAUUCGUGACCUGUCCCGCGGUGUUGAGGUCUGCAUUGCCACCCCCGGUCGUCUGAUCGACAUGCUGGAGGCUGGCCGCACCAACCUCCGUCGUGUUACCUACCUGGUUCUCGACGAGGCUGACCGUAUGCUCGACAUGGGUUUCGAGCCCCAAAUCCGCAAGAUCAUUGGCCAGAUUCGUCCUGACCGUCAGACCUGCAUGUGGUCUGCCACUUGGCCCAAGGAGGUCCGUCAGUUGGCUAAGGACUUCUUGAACGACUACAUCCAGGUCAACGUUGGCUCCAUGGACCUUUCCGCUAACCACCGCAUUACUCAAAUCGUCGAGGUUGUCUCGGACUUCGAGAAGCGUGACCGCAUGAUCAAGCACAUGGAGAAGAUCAUGGAGGACCGCUCCAACAAGAUUAUCAUCUUCACUGGUACCAAGCGUAUCGCUGACGAGAUUACUCGCUUCCUCCGCCAGGACGGAUGGCCCGCGCUCUCCAUUCACGGUGACAAGCAGCAGCAAGAGCGUGACUGGGUCCUGAACGAAUUCAAGCAGGGCAAGAGCCCCAUCAUGGUGGCCACCGAUGUGGCUUCCCGUGGUAUCGAUGUGCGCGACAUUACCCAUGUCCUGAACUAUGACUACCCCAACAACUCUGAGGACUAUGUCCACCGUAUUGGUCGUACUGGCCGUGCUGGUGCCAAGGGUACCGCCAUUACCUUCUUCACCACUGAAAACUCUAAGCAGGCUCGUGACUUGGUCACCAUUCUCACCGAGGCCAAGCAACAGAUUGACCCCCGUCUCGCCGAGAUGGUCCGCUACAGCGGUGGUGGCGGCGGUGGCGGCCGCUGGGGUGGUCGUGGCCGUGGUGGUUGGGGUGGCCGUGGCCGUGGUGGCGGCGGCUUCACUGCCUCCAACGCUGCUCCCCUCGGUGGUGCCCGUCGUUGGUAA